GCGGCGGCACCUGCACUCCAGACUCCACUCCAUCUCUUUUUUUUUCCGUUCCAUUCCUCUGCUCCGCGUUUCCCUAUCUCUCUUUUUCCGGCGAACUGAGUUCGCAGCAACCCAGAAGAAAGAAACAGGGGCGAGCGAACGAGGAGGGCCGGCCGGGCAUGGAGGGCUACGACCGCGAGUUCUGGCAGUUCAGCGACCAGCUGCGCCUGCAGGCGGCCGCUUUCUCCGGCCUCUCCCUCGGGGACUCCAUCUGGUCCCCGGCCGGCGCCGCCGCCGACCGCCGCAACUCCCAGGCCGACGCGGGCCUCUUCGCCACGCCGUCGCCCGCCGACGGCACCUUAUUAGCAGCCAAGAACAACAACAUCAGCAGCCACCUCAACGACGGCGGGCCCGGGCUCAUCGGCUCCGGCAAGCUGGCCUUCGGCGCCACCACCACCAGCAAGGCCGACCGGUACAACAACCUCCCCAAUCUCCCGGCCGAGAAGGCCGCCGCCUACAACAGCAGCAGCAGCAGCAUCAACGGCGGCUAUGGUGCCAAGAACAACACCUUCAACAAGAUGGGGAGCUACGGCGGCUACAACAGCAACAGCAGCAGCAACAGCGGCGAGGUGGUGAAGAGCUACUUCAACAAGUCCGCCGGGAGGCCGGCGAGCAACAACAGCAAUAGCCACGGCAAGAAGCAGGGCUCCGAGUACGGCAAGAAGAAGCACGCCAAGAACGAGGGCGGCAACGCGGCGUCGGCCGCGGACAAGCGGUUCAAGACGCUGCCGGCGUCGGAGGCGCUGCCGCGGGGCGAGGCCGUCGGUGGGUACAUCUUCGUCUGCAACAACGACACCAUGGACGAGAACCUCCGGAGGGAGCUCUUCGGGCUGCCGUCUCGGUACAGGGACUCGGUGCGGGCGAUCCGGCCAGGGCUGCCGCUCUUCCUCUACAACUACUCCACCCACCAGCUCCACGGCAUCUUCGAGGCCGCGAGCUUCGGCGGCACGAACAUCGACCCGACGGCGUGGGAGGACAAGAAGUGCCCCGGCGAGUCGCGCUUCCCCGCACAGGUUCGGGUGGCGACGCGGAAGAUCUACGACCCGCUGGAGGAGGACGCCUUCCGCCCCAUCCUCCACCACUACGACGGGCCCAAGUUCCGGCUCGAGCUCUCCGUCACCGAGGCCCUCGCGCUCCUCGACAUCUUCGCAGACAAGGACGACGCCUGAUCCGGCGAUCGGUCGUCGUCAGGCCGCCGUCGAGCAACAGGAGGGCAAGACCGAGAGUGCAUACCACCAGUAUAGCAUUUAUUACCUUUGUUUGAUAAGGGCUAUGAGGCAUGCGUCCCAUUGUUUUGUUUUAUGAGACACUAGCGCGAUGAUUGCAGAGGAAUAGCCCUCGUUUCUCAUCUGGUACUGUAAGAAUAUGUAAGACGUAUAUUCGGAUUCAGCUGCCAUGUACAAAAAUCACUUUCAGAUAUGUUCCUGUGUUGCACCCCUCAACAAAA